AUGAUGCAUUUACUUGAUGAAAAUUUCAAUAACAAUAAUAAUGGCGGUAGUAGUAAUAAGAAUAAAUCUCCAAUUGAUUAUAUUUCAAAACAAUUAGCCAUAUUAAAAACACCAUGGCAUGAUACAACCGGAAAUAUGAAAUGGAAUGGGCAAAGAUAUUAUAGAAAAGCUAAUGAGUAUGAUGAUAAUAUUGAGCUGAUUGGCAAAGCAAAAUUCAUAAAAGAUGAUUUUUUGAUUUGCAUCCUUCUUAGAAUCCAUUCCAACAUCAUUAUCAACACCACCAUCAAAAACCCCUGUUAUAGCAAAUUAAUAUGGAAUUGGAAGGGCAACUUUCAAGAAUCUUGA